UUCCAUGAUUAACACUAAGCUACAACCACUAACACCAUUGCACUCUCACAUCAAGUUUCUUCCUUUUCUCCAUCCAACACUCAACAAACCCACAUACAACAAUACCCAGAUUUUUGUUCUUCCUUAUCUUCCUCGAAUUUCAAGUUUCACCCCCCACAAAUGGAACCAAAAUUAACGUUUUCACUUUCGUUCUUGUUAACGUUGUUGUCCCCAUUUGCAGAAUCAAAGUGCAUCAAAGGUUGUGAUUUAGCUCUAGCUUCAUACUACCAAUGGAGUGGUUCAAACCUCACCUAUAUCUCAAAGAUCAUGGAGUCUCAGAUUCUUUCAAAACCACAAGACAUUGUCACCUACAACAAAGGCAAAAGAAACUUUGGUGUUUUCUCCACAAGGGUUAACGUUCCAUUUCCUUGUGAUUGCAUCAAUGGUGAGUUUUUGGGUCACACGUUUGAGUACCAGCUUCAGCCAGAGGAGACAUACACAACAGUUGCAAGUGAAACGUUUUCCAAUUUGACUGUUGAUGUGUGGAUGCAAGGGUUUAACAUUUAUCCACCGACCAAUAUUCCUGAUUUUGCUGUGUUGAAUGUUACUGUUAAUUGUUCUUGUGGGAAUAGUGAGGUUUCUAAGGAUUAUGGGUUGUUUAUCACGUAUCCGCUUAGAAUUGAGGAUAGUUUGCAGUCCAUUGCGGAAGAGAUGAAGCUUGAGGCUGAGUUGCUGCAGAGGUACAAUCCUGGUGUGAAUUUCAGCCAAGGAAGUGGCCUGGUUUUCAUUCCUGGAAAAGACCAAAAUGGUAGCUAUGUGCCCUUUCAGCAGAGCACAGUAGGCUUUUCAGGCGGGGUUAUUGCUGGAAUAUCUGUUGGAGUACUAGUUGGGCUUUUGUUAGUUGCAUUUUGUGUGUAUACUAAACAUCUGCAAAAGAAAAAAGCAUUGGAGAAAAAAUUGAUCUUGGAUGAUUCCACAGUUAACUCUGCUCAAGUUAGUAAUGAUUCUGGUGGCAUUAUGAUGGACAAAUCACGCGAGUUCUCAUAUAAAGAACUAGCCGAUGCCACAAAUAACUUUAGCGUGGCUAAUAGAAUUGGUGAAGGUGGUUUUGGAACAGUUUACUAUGCAGAUCUGAGUGGCGAGAAAACUGCCAUCAAGAAGAUGAACAUGCUCGCAUCGAGAGAAUUUCUUGCUGAAGUGAAAGUCUUAGCUAAUGUUCAUCACUUGAACCUGGUACGGUUGAUUGGAUACUGCAUUGAGGGUUCUCUCUUCCUUGUAUAUGAAUACAUUGACAAUGGAAACUUAAAACAAAGUUUGCAUGAUUUAGAAAGAGAGCCUUUGCCAUGGUCUACUAGGGUGCAAAUUGCUUUGGAUUCAGCCAGAGCUCUUGAAUACAUUCACGAGCAUACAGUGCAUGUGUAUAUUCAUCGUGACAUAAAGUCGGAAAAUAUUUUACUAGACAAUAGCUUCCAUGCAAAGGUUGCAGAUUUUGGAUUGUCCAAGCUGGUUCAAGUUGGAAAUUCGAUUGGUUCUUCUGUUAAUAUGAUGAAGGGUACAUUUGGUUACAUGCCACCAGAAUAUGCACGUGGUGUUGUCUCUCCUUCUCCCAAAAUAGAUGUUUAUGCCUUUGGAGUUGUUCUUUAUGAACUUAUUUCUGCUAAAGAAGCUGUAAUCAGGGAUGGUGCUCAAUCUAAGGGCCUCGUAGCAUUGUUUGAUGAAGUUUUGGGUAAUCAGCUAGAUCCUAGGGAAAGUCUUGUAAGUUUGGUGGAUCCUAGGCUUCAAGAUAACUACUCAAUUGACUCAGUUUGCAAGAUGGCACAACUUGCCAAAGUGUGCACAGAGCGUGAUCCAACGGGACGUCCAAGUAUGAGAUCUGUUAUGGUUGCUCUAAUGACACUUAGUUCUACAACUCAAAGUUGGGACAUUGCAUCCUUCUAUGAAAAUCCAGCUCUUGUAAAUCGAAUGUCGGGAAGAUUGGAGUAGGAAUAUAGUCUGGAAAGGUCACAUGAAGUGUUUUCUUGCAAUGUAAGUUUGGGAAAACACUGCAGCAUUCCAACAAUUAUCUAAUGCAGUUUGGUUUUCAGUUGAACCCGACUGAAAGCUAACGGAUGUCUUGAGUUGCUUUCAAAUUUGGUGCCUCAUAACGCGAAUUCUCGACUUCCAAUGUACUGAAUGUGGUUUUCAACUGAAAGCCAAACAUGGUUGUGUCAAAAUUACGCGUCGAUAAUUAAUCCAUCACCGAAAUUGCUGAAAUUGUGUCAAAAGUAUUUUCUUAUUUUUCAAUACAACUGCUUCAGUUAAAGAGAAUAUCAUCUUCUGACAUAACUUUAACUACCUGAUUUUAUUUUUCUUGUAGUAUAGUUGAUGCAUGGUAAACCUUAUCUUGUUGAAUAUCACCGUUGUAUACAUAUUAUUAUUUUUCCAAUUAUCACCUGUUCUUAUUUAAAACCAACAGUCAAAGUCAAAGUCAAUUAUCACCUGUUCUUAUUUAAAAUAACAGUCAAAGUCACAUUUUCCUCUUGUAACGAAAAUAAAAAAUUUAAGUCCACAUUUACCCUUUACAAACUGCCAUUUUUGUCCACGCAUAUCUUUUUUUGUCCACGCAUAUCUUAAUUUGAAUAAUGUUGAUUUUCUUUCUCCUAAUUUUAAUAAUACAGUCUAGAUAAAUAAGUCUAAGGUUAAAUUAGUAUAAAAAUGUGAAAAAUAUUAUAUUCUUCAAAUUUUGUAUUUACAUGUUUGGUUUUACAUAGAAAAUUAUUUUCAUUUGACUAUCUCCAAUGCACAAUAUAUAUGAAUUGCUUAU